GAAAACCCAUUUUAACCGUUAUUAUCUGUAUAAAAGCUACAGUUUACUGUUUAUAUUCGGUGUUUUUGUCGUUCCUGUUCUUUAGAAAACUACUUUUAUGAUGUCUGAAGGCCAGCAGGAGGCCAUGAAAGUUUACAGCGUGACGCUCGGCGGGCCGGCACCCUGGGGCUUCCGGCUCCAGGGAGGGAAGGACUUCAACAUGCCUCUUACCGUGUCCAGGCUGAUUCCUGGAGGAAAGGCGGCUCAGGCCGGAGUGGGAGUGGGAGACUUGGUCAUGUCUAUUGGAGACUCGAAUGCUGAGGAAAUGACCCAUGUGGAAGCACAGAACAGCAUCAGAGCAGCAACUGACUCUCUGCCUCUGAGACUCAGCAGAGCUCUCCAGCCAGUCGGUGAACAGAAGGUAAAAAUGGAGGUGAUAGACAAUAGAGGAGAGGGAUUCUAUGAGGACUUGUACAAUGAUAACAAGUACAGUGUCCGGGCGGCGAACAUUUACCCCUUUAUCCCGAACGAUCGCGGUAAGAAGCGCCUGAUCGAAGACACGCAGGACUGGCAGCCCCGCACCGGCACCACACAGUCCCGCUCCUUUCGCAUCCUAGCCCAACUUACAGGAACCGACUACAUGCAGGACCCAGAUGAUGAGACCGUGAAAAGGUCCAGCCAUGGAGAAACUCCCUGCCCCAGCAAACCAGCAGCCAAGCCUGAAGGAACUCGAGCUCCUCCUCCUAAAUCUCCCACCAAAUCCGGACCCUCGUCCCGCCCGCCCUGGGUGACCGACCCGAAUUUCGCCGAGCGCUACCGGCCCGAUAAGACCAGCACCGUGGUGACGCAGCACAGGCAGCCGGCGGAGCCCACGCCGGAACAGAACCGGAGCUCCAUCCUUCAGGCCGCGCAGCAGAACCCGGAACCCGACAGCGGCCGCACGCCCCUCUGUGCAGCCUGCAACAAGAUCAUCAGAGGCCGUUACCUGGUGGCACUGGGGCGCUCCUGGCACCCGGAGGAGUUCAUGUGCUGUCAGUGUCGAACCGUUUUGGACGAGGGUGGAUUCUUCGAAGAAAAGGGCUCCGUUUACUGCGCCAAAUGCCACGACAAUCGCUACGCCCCCAACUGCGCCAAGUGCAAGAAGACCAUAACUGGAGAGAUCAUGCACGCCCUGAAGAUGACCUACCACGUCCAGUGCUUCGUGUGCGCCGCCUGCAAGCGGCCCAUCAGGAACCAGGCCUUCUACAUGGAGGAGGGGGAGCCGUACUGCGAGAGAGACUAUGAAAAGAUGUUUGGUACUAAAUGUCAUGGCUGCGACUUUAAGAUCGAUGCCGGCGACCGUUUCCUGGAAGCUCUGGGCUACAGCUGGCACGACACGUGCUUCGUCUGUGCCCUUUGCCACGUCAACCUGGAGGGCAAGACGUUCUAUUCGAAGAAGGAUAAGCCGCUGUGUAAAGGUCACGCCUUCUCUCCUCUUUGAGGAUCCGGGCUCUGGUGCUUGAGCGGGAGCGAGUCCAAAUACUUCGCCAAGAGUUAUAACGGUUAUAAAUUACAAUGUGUUGCUUCUGUGUCCUGGACUGAUAUUUUUUAUACUGUAAUAAUGACUUUUCUUUAGUAUAAAAUGAAUAUGAAUGUGUUGUGAUCCAGAAUAAUGCUCAUGUUGUGAGAAAACCAUUGCUUUCUAUAUAAAUAAAUAAAUAAAUAAAUAAAGUAGAAGUGGGUGGGUUUUGUUUUAUGUUGCAUGGCUCCAGUGACUUGGGUUUGUUUCCUCUGGAGUUCCUACAAGCAUCCCAAAGACCUGCUGAUAGAUCAGUUGGCUGCACUAUAGCAUCACAACAAGAAUGUCCUGGGUUCAGUUCCCGGGUGGAGCGGUCCUAGUCCUUUCUGUGUGGAGUUUGCAUGUACUCCCCGUGUCUGUGUGGGUUUCCUAUGGAAGCUCUGGUUUCCUCCCACAGUCCAAAGACGUGCAUGUGAGGUGAAUUGGGGAUACAAAAUUGUCUAUGACUGUGUUUGAUAUUAUACUUGAAAUGAUGUGUAAGCAAACUACCUGUCCUGUCAUGAACGUAAGCAAAGUGUGUAAAACAUGAAAUAAAAUCCUAAUAAACAAAUGAAUAAUAGAUAAAUAUUCCUGUUUGGUUGCAUGCAAUGGUUUUCUUUUGGCAUGAGUGAUUAUGCUGGUUUUGUGCCACCCUGCAGUUAGCAUUUUGUCCUGUCAGUAUUUAUGAAGCUUUUAUACAUGGAAUAAUUGUGAAUUAUAUGUGACUCGAUCUGUCCUCCUGUAUCAAGCUGGUUAAGAACGGAGCUAAGAGAACUUGGUGUAGGUAUUAUUGGUACCUGACAGCUUCACUGUGCAGGGUCUUGAUUGUAAGCUUUAGCUUCUGUCUACCGUCUAUGUUUGUACAUGCAUUUUUUUUUAGAAAGCUUGCUUUGCUCCCAUCCUCUUCCACCUCAUUUAAAAACAGACCAGUAGAUAAACUGGACAAGCCAAAUUGAGCUUAAUUGUGACUGAAUACGAUUGUGAUACCCAGUGAUAGACCGGCAUCUUGUGCAUGUUGUAAACUCGCCCUGUGCCAACUGUUCCACUGGCGGGGAUCGACAUGCACAAGCAAAGCACCCUGUUUAUGAUUGGUUAGAUCUUGUGGUCCACAUGGUCUAGUUCUACAGAUCAUUCAUUCUGCCAACGCAUAGAGCUUGAUGGAAAUCUCUAAGUUGUGCUCCUCCCUUGCACCCAGUGUUAUUGGAUUAGAACGAAGCAUAAAAGAAGAAUUUCUAGAACCGAAUUGAGCAUCAUGUUGGUCCACAAGCAUGAACACCCAGGCGUAAGUCUGUCAUACUAGCUCAGUGUAGGGAUGGCACGGUCACCUCACAGCAAGAAGGUCCUGGGUUCCAUCCCCGGGUCCUUUCUGUGUGCAUGUUCUCCCCGUGUCUGUGUGGGUUUCCUCCGGCAGCUCCGGUUUCCUCCAGUCCAAAAAACAUGCAGGUGAGGUGAAUUGGAGAUACUGAAUUGUCCAUGACUGUGUUCGACAUUAAACUUGUGAACUGAUGAACCUUGUGUAACGAGUGGCUACCGUUUUCGUCAUGGAUGUAACCAGGGUGUAGAGCAUGACGUUAAAGUCAUAAAAAAACAAAAAAACAAGCUCAGUGCGGCUCUCCGAUCCUUUAAGGCGCGCAGCGGUCCCUCUCUCCCCGUGCCCGGGCACUUAAGGUAAUGGCAAACCCACCGAAAAUGAAAAAUGAGCCCCUGGCAGAUGAACAGCAGUGCAUUAGCACUGAUUGCAAGCGCUUCAUAUUGACCCCACCAGUGAUCUUUACGUGCCUCUCAUACAGAGCGGCCGACAUCUAUCUGCUUUAAUCCGGCAGGUAGUUGUAAUUAAGGGAAGGCUUAAGGCCUGCAUACGCUCGGCUCAUUCCGUGCACACGCGUUAAUGUCUGCAAACAUAACGGCCGAACAAAGACCGACUUCUGCUGAUCAGAGACUUUUAUAUUCGCAGCAUCGCUCUCUCUCUCUCUCUCUCUCUCUCUCUCUCUCUCUCUCUCUAUCUCUCGCACUCUCUCUCUCUCAGAAAAAUGAAACGGCAAAGUCGGGAUUGAAUUUAACCUUGAAUCAUGAGGAUGUUUCUGCUCUGUGUUGUUUGUUAUAUUGAAUCAGUGUGAUUUGUGUGAUCGUCCUCACUGACACGCUGAUAAUCUGAUCAAUGCCCGAUUCUGCAGUUGCAUAAUUACUGAAGUGCUUAUGUAGACGGCGUAUUUAUUACUUGGGUUUUAGCCCAGUAAGUUUAUUCAGUGCAUGUCUACCCCGUUUUUGUACUUCUCUUAGAUUAAACGGAGAUGGUUUAAUGCAGAAUGGUGGUGUAUGUCAUUUAAUAAUUGAGAAAAAUAUUAAUCAAAAGGCUCGUAGUGGUAAAUUACACCAUCUCACUACCGCUGGCGAGAGUUUGAACCUCAGAGACACGACUGGCUAUGUCUGAGGCCCUGCGAUGGAUUGGCGUCCUGUCCGGGGUGUGUCAUUGCCCACAGUGACCAUGACCAGGACAACACGGUGGUAAAACAUGGAAAUGAAAUUUGAAAGAGAUUAUUACCUCUGCUGAGAUCCUGAUUUGAAUCUCGGCUGUGCUGUCGGCUGACCGGUGUACACACAGACAUGAUUGGUGAUCGAAGCCCUGUGAUUGAUUGGCGCCCUGUCCAGGGCUGCAGUGGUUGUGCUGCCAAAUGAACAACAAGCAAUACAAAGAACCAUAAUGUAGUAGCGCUACCCCAGCAGAUCCAGUGAUGAUUUUAUGGCCUUUUUAACAGGAAUGUCAGAUAUCUCGACCCUUGUGUACUUAAAAAGACUCGAAACGGUCACCAGAUAUUCAGUUUUGAUUCAUAACAGUUCUGUGAUCACAGACGAACGUUACAUGUUUGUAAAAAUGUCGGUCACGUAUCGCAUUUUGCUGGAAUAUUUACGAUUUAAUAAUUAUAUAAUCAUUCUGACUAGCCUGACUGAAAGUAUUCCAUGUAAUAGGUUCUUUUUUAAUAGCUCUGCACCUCUAGAUGUUGUUAUUCACCUUAUAUUUAAAAUAAAGAACUGCUGUAUUCUUUUCACAUCA